ACACGGUUGUGUGUGUGUGUGUGUGUGUGUGUAGGUGUCGAUCAUCCCGCGGGGGAAGGGUCUGGGCUACGCUCAGUACCUGCCCAGAGAGCAGUACCUGUACAGCAAGGAGCAGCUGUUCGACAGGAUGUGCAUGAUGCUGGGAGGGAGAGUCGCUGAGCACGUGUUCUUCGGGAGGAUCACGACAGGAGCUCAGGACGACCUGAAGAAGGUCACUCAGUCUGCGUACGCUCAGGUGGUGCAGUUUGGGAUGAGUGACCGGGUGGGCCAGGUGUCCUUCGACCUCCCCAGGCAGGGCGAGAUGGUUCUGGAGAAGCCGUACAGCGAGGCCACGGCAGAGCUCAUCGACUCUGAGGUCAGAGAGCUCAUAGAGAGAGCCUAUCAGAGGACUCUGGAGCUGGUGACUGAGAAGAGGGAGCUGGUGGAGCUGGUGGGCCAGCGCCUCCUGCAGAGGGAGAUUCUGGACAAAGCGGACAUGCUGGAGCUGCUGGGGCCGCGGCCCUUCGAGGAGAAGUGCACCUACGAGGAGUUUGUGGAGGGGACGGGGAGCUUCGAGGAGGACACCUCGCUGCCUGAGGGCCUGAAGGACUGGAACCAGGAGCGGGGGGUCGAGGAGGAGACAACAAGCCCCCCUCAGGUCAAGCAGCAGGCCGUGUAGAGCAGGGAGGAAAACAAGCGCUCCCUCCUCCCCUCCACAGGACAAGCAGCAGGGGGGAACGAGAGGAGCAGACACUGACUGAGCCUCAAUGCACCGUGUUUGUUACAGGAUGUUUUCCAGGUAUCGCUUCACUUUGAUUCACAGACACUUCUACAGUAAAGAUAUGGAUUCAUUUCGGGGUUCAUGUUUUAAAAAAAAGUAAAUUUCAGAGCCUUAAUUAUUAAUUCAAGGACGUAAAGAUGAGGAAAACAAGCGCUCCCAUCGCUGUUUGAGCUGGGAGGAUGAACUGAACGCCUCAAUGUACCGUGUUUGCUUCAGGUGGUAGUUCAGAUCAUUCAAACCCAGGUCUCAAUCUUCUUCUAGACUCGCAGAAGACCUCGUGGAUUUUAAUUUGGGAGGGAGACUCGUGGAUGUUUUCCAGGUAUCGCUUCACUUUGAUUCAACACACUUCACAGACACUUCUCCAGGAAAGAUAUGGAUUCAUUUCAGGGUUCCUGCUUCAACAAAGUAAAAGAAAGUAAAUUAAGAGUUUUAAUUAUUAAUUCAAGGAUGUAAAGAUGAGCGAAACAAGCGCUCCCAUCCAACCUGCUGCAGAAACACUGACUGGGUUUCCGCAGCUGGGGAGGAGGAACUUAACAUGAAUACUGAACGCCCUCAAUGUACUGUGUUUGCUUCAGGUGGUAGUUCAGACAAAGACGAUGUUAAAUAAAAUGACUCAAUCUAAUGCAGCAAGGUCUCCAUACCCUCAACACUCACGAUCAACUGCAUGCAUUCGAUUGACAUACGGGACGGAGACUCGUGCGUAUUUUCCAGUGAUGGAGUUUUGAAGUGUGUUAUUUCAAACUGAAAUCACUAAAGCCAUUACAGAAACAUCUUCAUUAUAUUAGCGUAGCAUAUUAAGUUACAACGGCUUUCCUGUGGAUUUGUUUCAGGUCUUAAACGAAGACAAAGAAAGUGGGCAAAUGAAGAGCAUUUAUUAUUCCUUUAAGCGCACAAGUAGAGUCUCUAGAAGACGGGUUUGAGGAUCGGAAAGUUCCUCUGAAUGUGGACUUUAUUUAAAUCCCUCCGACGCGGCAUCAGUUUCCUCCCUCAGUCCGACCGGAAGACGCAGCCUGCACUGCGUGGAGCAUUUCUUUGACGACGUCCCGGAGAUGUGUUUUAGACGUGUAAAAACGUUGAGUUGAUUUCUGUUUUCACUCCAUGUGACGGAGGUUUUCUGUACAAACCGCUCGAUGCUGGGACGAUGUGUAUGUUUGUAUUGAUUUUGUGCAAAAAUCACAAGUAAAUAAUAUCCAAUAUUCAUAA